AUGGGUAUCAGAAAAGUGUUCCAGAAGAAGGACCCCACCGAGGACCAGAUCUUGGGUGAUAUGGAGAAGGAUGGGAUCAUCACCAAGAGUAAAUUCGGUGGCGCCAGAGAGGAAAAGUUCGGGGCGUUCAAGGCCUACGCCGAGGAGCGGGCGACUCGAAAGCCCGGGUUUGCGCCGGUGAACCCCUACGCUAACCUUGGUAACACCAACGGUAACCCUUACGCUCCUGGCAAUGAAGCUCCUGCGGGCGGCGCUGGCCCUACCGGCGCCCCUGGUGCCCCCCCUCAGCAUAACCCUUACGGAGCUCGAUCGGCCCCCGCCAGUGACCCCCGUCGCAGCAGCCGUUCUCGUCAACCUGAGGCUGAUCCAAACAACCCUUACGCAAACCCCACGCGGUCAAGUCGAGCCCCGCCGGCGUCUCUGGGAGCGCUGGCCGCCAGAGCCAGCCCCUACGCUCAGAGGGCUCCCAAGCCAAGCCUGUCGUCGCGGGAGUCGUCGAGACCUUCUAUUAAUCCUUACGGAGGGUCUACUUCUCGUCAAAGCUCGCGUACGGCGGUUCCUUCGCUGAGUUCAGCCAGUAUCCGUACUGCCGCCACCUCCCGCACCGCUGCUGGUGACGAUGACGAACUGCUUGAUCUCAACUUAGUGCCGACCAACUCGAUGUUCGAAGGCCACACUCCUGCUAGAAGAUACAAUGGGCCACAAGGGUCGGAGGAAGUGGACUUAAACGAUUUGCCGGAAGAGGAAGAUUUAAACUUGGACAUCCAGGACGAAAUGUAUGAUGAGGACGCUCAAGUGAACUCUGAGGAUGAAGAGAUCGAAGCCAUCAAGCAAGAGAUCCGGUUCACCAAGCAAGAAUCAUUAGCAUCGACGAGAAACACGUUGCGUAUGGCUCAAGAAGCCGAUGCCGCUGCCAUCAACACCAUGGGUAUUUUAGGGUCGCAAUCAGAACGGUUGUACAAUUCCGAACAAAACAUGCUUCUCGCAGGGACUCAAACGAAACUUGCUGAGGAUAAGGUGAGUGAACUUCACCGGUUGAACCGACUGAUCUUCAUUCCUGCCUACGGUAACCCCUUCAAUAAGAAGCUGAGAUUACGGCGACAGGAAGAAGAAAUCAAGGCAGCCAAGGCCCAAGAAAAGUAUAUGCGUGAAAAUAACCGUCUGGAGAUGUACGCGUCAGAAAUGAGAUUGAAGACGGGGAUCACCAAUAACGCCACCAACGGCGAGGUCUACCAAAAGUACGUCCUGGAAAAAGCAUUGCAAGAAGCCCAACGGUACCAAUUCGAAAACGAUCUGGAAGACGACGAAAUCGAAAAGGAGUUGGCGCAAAACUUGGAACAAAUUGGGUUAUACGCCAAGAAGCUUAAGACCCUGGCACAAACAAUGGGUACUGAAGUCGACGCUCAGAACGCUCGUCUUCAAAAGAUCGAGGAGGACGCCGACCGCCUUGACCUUAAUGUUCACAUGAACACGGCUAGACUCGCUAACAUUCGCUAG